GCAGCCGCAGCGCUGGUGGAGGAGCGCGCGGCCGCGAGCAAAGGAGGGAGGGACGGAAGGAAGAGAGCGAGGUAGGCAGGCAGGCGGGUUCGAGGGUCGGGAACUGAGGCAGUAGAAGGAGGCGAGAGCUCGGCAGCCGCUUCGAGCUGUGUUGCAGCGCGGGCUUUUGGAGGGGGCGGCGGUCGAGUCGUCCGAGAAGAAGCGGGCACCGGCGGCACUGGUGCUGGCGCCUGGAGGCGGGGGACUGGGGAGGCAAGAAGGGGGGUCGCUGCGGCGGUUCUUUUGCUGUCGCGCUCUCCUUGCCUUUCUGCCGGCUCGGUGGGCUCCUCCCGGUGUCUCCUUCGCCUCCAGGGCCCCGCUCCCCGCCCUCCGCGGUAUGUCUUGAUCCCGAGCAGCGGGUUUCAUGGGGCUCCUCAGGAUUAUGAUGCCGCCCAAGUUGCAGCUGCUGGCGGUGGUGGCCUUCGCGGUGGCGAUGCUCUUCUUGGAGAACCAAAUCCAGAAACUGGAGGAGUCCCGAUCGAAGCUAGAAAGGGCUAUUGCAAGACAUGAAGUCCGGGAAAUUGAGCAACGUCAUACAUUGGAUGGCCCUCGGCAAGAUGCAGCUUUAGAUGAGGAAGAGGAUAUGGUGAUCAUUUAUAACAGAGUCCCCAAAACUGCAAGCACCUCUUUUACCAAUAUUGCCUAUGACCUGUGUGCAAAGAAUAAAUACCAUGUUCUUCACAUCAACACUACCAAAAAUAAUCCGGUGAUGUCACUACAAGAUCAGGUGCGCUUUGUGAAGAAUAUUACUUCCUGGAAAGAGAUGAAACCAGGAUUUUAUCAUGGACACAUUUCUUACUUGGACUUUGCAAAAUUUGGUGUGAAAAAGAAGCCAGUUUACAUUAAUGUCAUAAGGGAUCCUAUUGAGAGGCUAGUUUCUUACUAUUACUUUCUGAGAUUCGGAGAUGAUUAUAGGCCAGGGUUAAGAAGACGAAAACAAGGAGACAAAAAGACCUUCGACGAGUGUGUGGCAGAGGGCGGCUCGGAUUGUGCCCCAGAGAAGCUCUGGCUCCAGAUCCCCUUCUUCUGCGGCCACAGCUCCGAAUGCUGGAAUGUGGGAAGCAGGUGGGCUAUGGAUCAAGCCAAGUAUAACCUAAUUAAUGAGUACUUUCUGGUGGGAGUUACUGAAGAGCUUGAAGAUUUUAUCAUGCUCUUGGAGGCAGCUUUGCCCCGGUUCUUCAGGGGUGCUACAGAACUCUACCGUACAGUAGGAAAGAAAUCUCAUCUUAGGAAAACCACGGAGAAGAAACUCCCCACUAAACAAACCAUUGCUAAACUGCAGCAAUCUGACAUUUGGAAAAUGGAGAAUGAGUUCUAUGAAUUCGCACUAGAGCAGUUCCAAUUCAUCAGAGCCCACGCGGUACGAGAAAAAGACGGAGACCUCUACAUCCUCACACAAAACUUUUUCUAUGAAAAGAUUUACCCUAAGUCGAACUGAGUACAAGGUGUGAUGAUUCGAUUUUUGAACUAGAACUUUGACCCUGGACCCUGUCUUCACCUUAGUUCUCAGGUCCACAAUUCUUAUUGAGCCGAGUUAGGAAACAGACAAUGACGUCAAGGAAGUAGAUGCCGGCUGGUAUGUCAGUGGUCUAAGAAGUUUUAAGUUUCCGUCUUUUUUUUUUUUUUUCUGGUUAGAUUUUGGUGGGAGUUAUAACCUCCUGCCUGGGAAAAACCUACAUAUCACCUAAAAUACAUACAUAGCAGUUCUAAUCAAAAGGCUAAAUACAAUUUCAGAGAAAGUGCUGAUACUCUGUUUUUUGAUAAAGCAUUUUUUUCAACUCACCGGGAGUGAAGACGAAUCGUGUACACCUCCGCCUUGGCCCCGGGCUCGGGCUGCACGGCUCUACUGAGCGGCCGUGCUGUUUGGCAGCGUGCGCUUUGUUCUCGUGAAUCAAGUCUCAUGAAAUUGAUUGGAAUGUUCGAUCAUGUUUGCUAAGAAAUGUCUGCUGUAGUUGGAAUUGCCCAUAUUUAUCUAGGUCAUGUUGAUUUCCUUUACAAAAUAACUGUCAUUAGUGUUUGAAAAAAAUUUAAACUAUUACUAAUACUGUAAAAAGAGUCAAAGCAGUAUUUCUCAUUCCUGUCUCCCCAGUAUCUAAGAUUGUGGAGACACUGCAAAGAAUGUUAUUUUAGUUAAGACUUCCACGUGUUAAUAUCAAAAAAGUAAGUUUAGUAUUUUUAAUAUUUGUUUCUCUGUGGGUUAUUUGUAAAGCUGUAAUCGGAUACCUGUGACUCCAUAUUAUAACUCCAUUAGUGAGCUGUGGUAUGGGUAGGAUGUUCCUACUACUUCUGUACUUUUAC